AUGGAUAAUUCUAGAAAUAAAAACUGGAUUAAUUGUGAUAGACUAAGUAAAGAAUACUUGGAUGGAGUAGAUGAUUUUAUAAAGCAUGCCUUUUCUGGAAAACAAGAUGGAGAAAAAAUUGCAUGUCCUUGUACGAAAUGUGUGCUUAUUUAUCAAGCAAAUCGGGCUACCGCAUAUGAUCAUCUUGUGGUUAAUGGUAUCAUGCCAUCGUAUGAUACUUGGUUUUGUCAUAGGGAGCCUUUAAAGGGAUCAAACAAUACUAAAGGAAACAACCGCAGCCAAUCAACUUUGAGGGGCGAUGACAUGAGAAAAAUGAUACAUGAUGCCUUUGGAGGCUCUACACAGUUCAUGGAUAGUGAGGUAAGUGAAAGGGGCGAUAUGGAGCCAAAUCUACAAGAAAAUACUGCUCAUCCAUCUGGAUAUGAACCUCAUAUAGAGAUGGAUAAGUUUGAACGGCUCAUGAAGGAGGAAAAUGAAGAACUAUAUCCUGGAUGCAAGAAGUUUAGCAAACUUUCCUUUUUGCUGCAUAUCUAUCGUACAAAAUGCAUGUUCAAAUGGUCAAAUGAAUCUUUUAAUGCUCUACUUGGACUAUUGAAGGAUGAGCUGCCUGAAGGGGAAAAAUUGCCUCCUUCUUUCUAUGAGACUAAAAAGAUAGUUGAAGGCUUGGGCUUAAAGUAUGAAAAGAUUCAUGCUUGUCCUAAUGAUUGCAUGCUUUUUAGGAAAGAGUUUGCUAGCAAGGAUGUUAAUGAAUGCAAAAUUUGUGGGGCCUCUAGAUGGAAAAAUAAUACUAGAAAAAUUCCAGCCAAGGUCCUUAGGUAUUUUCCUUUAAAACCAAGGCUGCAAAGAUUGUUUAUGUCUUCAGAAACUUCUAAAGCAAUGCGAUGGCAUCAUGAAGAGCGCAGCAAAGAUGGAGUUCUUCGGCAUCCUGCAGAUUCUGAAGCUUGGAAAAGUUUAGAUAAUAAAUAUCCCGAAUUUGCUGAAGAUCCUCGCAAUGUCCGGCUGGGAUUAGCUUCUGAUGGGUUUAAUCCAUUUGGCACAAUGCGAACUGUUCAUAGCACAUGGCCAGUGAUUUUAAUGCCAUAUAAUCUUCCACCAUGGAUGUGCAUGAAGCAAGAGUUCUUCAUUCUAUCCUUACUUAUUCCUAGACCAAAAGCGCCUGGCAAUAAUAUUGAUGUCUUCUUGCAACCUUUAAUAGAAGAGUUAAAUGAAUUAUGGGAUGUCGGGGUAGAAACAUAUGAUGCCUCUACUAAGGAGAUAUUUCAAAUGCGAGCAGUUCUCAUGUGGACUAUAAAUGAUUUUCCAGCAUAUGGUACUCUCUCUGGAUGGAGCACUUAUGGUCGGCUUGCAUGCCCUUCUUGCAACAUAAACACUCAAUAUAAAUGGCUCAAACAUGGCAGAAAGUUUUGUUACAUGGGGCAUCGACGUUUCUUGAAGUCAGGUCACAAAUAUCGGAAUGAUGCAAAAUCUUUUGAUGGGACUAAAGAAACAAGACCUGCACCUUGUGCAGUAUCUGCGUCACUAGUGUUGAAUCAAGUUAAAGAUAUAAAGUUUACUCUCGGCCAAUCGAGUGAAGGCGUAAGUGGGGUGAUGAAAAACACAUGGAAAAAGAGGAGCAUUUUUUUCGAUCUUCAUGUUAGUAAAAAGUCUAAAGACAACUUAGAAGCUCGAUUGGACUUGAAGGAUAUGAAAAUAAGACCAAGCUUAUGGCCUCAAUAUCGAGCUAGUGGGAGGGCUUAUCUUCCUCCUGCUUAUUUUACAAUGACUCCCAAUGAAAAGGAGUUGUUUUAUGAAGUACUACAAAAUGCCAGGUUUCCACAUGGCUAUGCGUCUAAUAUCUCACGUUGGAUUCGUAAACGAAAGUUAUCUGGGCUAAAAACUCAUGAUUGCCAUGUUAUAAUGCAAGAACUUCUUCCUCUUGCCUUGCGGAGAUCAACAGAUAAAAGAAUCAGUUCCGUUUUAAUUGAACUAUGCACAUUCUUUCGUGUUCUGUGUAGCAAAGUGCUAAAACUAGAAGAGUUAAAUUUACUUGAAGAAAAAAUUCCAGAAACAUUGUCUACUAUGGAGAAACUCUUUCCCCCGGGAUUCUUUACCGUUAUGGUACACUUGCUUACUCACUUGGCAGCUAAGGCUAGACUGGCGGGGCCAGUACAUUAUCGUUGGAUGUACCCAAUUGAGAGGUACUUGGGUACUUUAAAAUCAUAUGUUCGUAAUCGUGCAUGCCCAAAAGGUUCAAUAGCAGAAGCAUACAUAGCAAAUGAGUGUAUGGCAUUUUGCUCACGAUAUUUGGAGGGUGGAGAUUCAAGGUCUUAUAGUUCAAGAAAAUGCGAUGAUGAGAUUGAGCAUGAGACUAAUAAAAAGGAAUGUCUUUUUCCUAUUGUUGGGGAGUCAUACGGUGAAGUAGAUGUAUUUGAGUUGGAUGAGAAAACAUGGUUGCAAGCGCAUCGGCAUGUGCUUUUCAAUUGCGAGUCAGAGGUGGUUGAGAAUUAUAAGAAUGAGCAUAUUGCUGAAAUCAAGAGAUCACAUUGUAAGCGCCAUUUGAAACCACGUGACCUUGAUCUUAUACAUUUUGAUACAUUUCAUGAGUGGUUCAAGGACAAAGUAGAAGAGUUGGAGGUGACAUCUAACAUUUUGAAGGAUGUUAAAUUCCUCGCAAAAGGGCCGACUAAAAUUGCUAAAAGAUUCAACGCGUUUGAUGUAAAUAAUGGGUAUCGAUUCCGAACAAAACAAAGUGAAGAGUUCAAGGAGACACAAAAUAGUGGUGUUAUGGUCAUUUCGAAGACUGAAAGUUAUGCAAGUACAGGUGGCAAUGCUCCAAAGUCUGCAAAUAUCACAUAUUAUGGUAGGGUGAAUGAUAUUUUGGAGUUAAAUUACUAUGAAGAAUUUAAGGUUGUCUUAUUUAAGUGUGAUUGGGUUGAUGUAACCAAGGGUAGAGGAGUGAUGGAAGAUGACUUGGGUUUCACACUUGUGAAUUUCUCACGUGUGGCAGACUCUGGUGAUCGAGAACGUCAUGAGCCUUUUAUUUUUGCAGAACAAGCUCAACAGGUAAUAUUUGUGCAAGAUCCUCAAGAUCAUGAAUGGUUUGUCCCUAGGUUAAUUAAACCUCGAGACGUUUUUGAUAUGGGAGAGGAAAAUAGUAUGCAAUUUGAUUCAUCAAUGCAGUGUGAUGCCACUGACUUGGCUCUCUUAGAAAAUGCUCGUGUUCCAGAGUAUGAGGAAAAUGAUUGGCCCUUGGAUUGUGUGAUGCUACAGUGUUCUUAUGAACAGGACAAUUUUUCCCCUGGUGCAUCAUUAUCUGUUAUCUCUAGAACUAUCUUUGUCGCAAAGAUUUGUUUGUGUGCACAAAUAGCUAUUUAUGUGUUUUUCACAGCUUGA